GUCCCUGGCUGAGGCGCUUCUUUCCCGCAGGUGCAGCUAUGGCGGACUCCACGCAGAACGGGCCGAUGCAAGGCGGGGCCGGCGGCGGAGCCGUGCAAUUUCUGAUGGCUAACAAGUUGGAUACAGCAAUGUGGAUUUCCCGCUUGUUCACAGUUUACAGCUCAGCUUUAUUUGUUCUGCCUCUUCUAGGGUUGCAUGAAGCAGCAAGCUUUUAUCAGCGAGCCUUGCUGGCAAAUGCUCUUACUAGUGCCCUCCGACUACACCAAAGGCUACCAUACUUUCAGCUUAGCAGGGCAUUUUUGGCCCAGGCUUUGUUGGAGGACAGCUGCCACUAUCUGUUGUACUCUCUUAUCUUUGUGAAUUCCUACCCUGUUACAAUGAGCAUCUUUCCAGUUCUGCUGUUCUCUUUGCUUCAUGCUGCCACAUAUACAAAGAAGGUUCUUGAUGCACAAAGUUCAAAUAGUCUACCCUUUCUGAGAAAUCUUUUAGACAAGCUGAAUGCUAAUCAACAGAAUAUUCUAAAAUUCAUUGCUUGCAAUGAAAUUUUCCUGAUGCCAGCUACAGUUUUCAUGCUUUUCAGUGGGCAAGGGAGUCUGCUCCAGCCGUUCAUUUACUAUAGGUUUCUUACAUUACGCUACUCUUCUCGGCGAAAUCCAUACUGUCGGACUCUCUUCACAGAGCUGAGGAUCGUUGUUGAACACUUAAUAAUGAAGCCCUCAUGCCCUGUUUUUGUAAGAAGACUAUGCCUCAGCAGCAUUUCCUUUAUAAGCAGAUUGGCACCAACUGUUGCAUAGCCAAAUUGAAGGCACUUGUGUUUUGUGAACAUUAUGAGCAGCUGGCACUUCUGAUGAUGAUAAUAAAUUCCUGGUUUUACACUGAUCUCA